CUCAACGAUGAACAUUAUUUGGCUCCAUUAUUUCAAAAAAAUCGUUUGUCACUUCGAAAUCCAAUCUGUCAUUUUUCUCUGGAAGAUAUGAAAUGAAUGGGAUGUAGAAUAAAUUUUGAAAAUUAUGCUUUGGAGAGGAAUACUCUUCGUUGUUUCAUUGAAUAUUAUAGAUAAGGUCCAUGCUGAUACUGCCUACAUAAGUCUUGAUGAAUUUGUACAAUCAGUCAACUCCAGUUUGAUAGUGGAGCUACAAGAGAAUUCUCACUUCCUUGCAGAAGUUGUGACUGGUCUGAUAAGAGACGCUAAAGCUUUCAUCAUGAGCAACUUUGGCUACAACAGAUUAAUUUUGGCUAAGAAAGUGGAAAAAAGUAUCGAGGAAAUCAAUAAAAUACCACAAUCGAAAAGCGAAGAUGAGCAUGACAAAAUUUGUUUUGGAAGGAAUAGAGGCAUCAUGUUUUUCUUAUUGAGGGAAGCGACCAUGGAUUGGCACUGUUUGGAAACUAGUCUAUUUAGUACAUUGACCACUGCAGUAGGAAUACUUUCCAAACUUUUGCAACUCAAGGAUAUACCUUUUGCAGACUGUAACUUAGGAAUUUUAUGCUUCAUAACAAAAGGAUUUUCGGGAAUGACACUAGGUGCAUCACUUUCUGCAGAUUUAGUAGAAUUAGGCCUCACAGCAACGAACUUCUUCACAUCUAUCAAACGUUGUCAGAGAAGGAUUAAACCUUUCGAAGAGGCAUAUGACAUCAGUUUAGAGAAUAUCAAACGUUGUGUCGCCACAAAAUCAAUAGCAACGAAAAGACCGGAAUAAUCGCAGAUAGCUGUUCUGGUACUAGCUAUGUUAAGACGGAACACCACCACGUGACAUUCUAGUGAUCUGUCCAAAUUAGUCCAUAGGAGGAAAAAAAUGCGCGGAGUUGCUAGAACGAUUGGAUGAUCAGUAGAAGGAAUAUUACAAUAGUUCCAACUUUCGUCGAUAAUUUUUUUCUCAUUCGCAAAUUAAAAAUACUGAAAUAUAAAUAUGUAGAUUAUUGUUUAAAGGAAUGAUGUGGAAACCCCAUUGAAAUAGGUGGUUUGUAAAGAGGAAUAUCUCUAAUUCCGUUUUGAACUGGUAGUGUUUCCUCUCAAUACUGUAUUUUACUUCAUUUGAUAUAACAACACCCUUUUUUCAAUAUUUCAAUUUUUUUUUAAUACAAUUUCUGGUCUCACACGAAACUCGAAAUAAACUUUUGAAUUAUA